AUGGCUUCACAGGAUCGCAUCACCAAUGUCUACGGUCCAGGCACUUAUACAGACAAGUCCUUCGUUCCAGUGCCAGAAGAUACGACUCGAAUCUUUCGACUCAUUGCGUCGCAAACCCCGGGCUUUACACAAGAUGAAGCACUUCUGUCCAAAGUCAAGUUCACCGGCGAGGAAUAUCCCGUCAUCCCUGGACCCAUCAAGGCCACUUCAGUAGCCGCUGCUUUACAUGCCAUGUGCGGUGUCGUUGCAGACGAAAUCCUUACCUUGAGAGGCUCAAAAGAUGGGAGCCGCCAAAUCACCGUCAACACGACACACGCUACGUUAUGGUUUGGCUGUGUAGCAACUGCCUACCUCAACGGCGAGGAUGUGCUCAGCAUGGCGGCGCAAAAGAAGUUGGGCGACGUCCUACCAGACUGGGAACAAGGCUGGACCGACACACCCUUGAAAUACCGCGCAACAGCACUAUACCCUACGAAAUCUCCAGAGACGUGGUACUCGUUCCACGGCAGCAUGGAUGCCAACCCGGUCCUCGAGAGUAUUGGUAUUGACGCGGGCGCGAACGUGUCGACCAACGAAGAGGCUGCGAGGCUCAUCGCCGAACACACGAAGAAGUACAGUCCCGAAGAGCUUGAGAUGAACAACCUUGUCAACGGCUUCUGCGGCUCCAUCUGCUUCACGCCGGAGCAGUGGAACAAGUCUACAAUGGGCAAGUCUCUGGCAGCCCAUCCCCUCGUCAACGUCAAGCAGCACACGCACGCCGUGCCGACUCCCCCCAUCUCCUUCCCACCUCUGAAUCCACAAGAUCCCCGUCCGUUGGCGGGCGUAAAGGUCAUCGAGCUCACGCGCGUCAUCGCCGGUCCGGAAGUUGGCACGAUCCUCGCUUCCUUUGGCGCAGAUGUCAUCCGCCUCAACGCACCACACUUGCCGGAUAUCAACAUCAUGCAGCUCAGUCUCAACGCAGGGAAACGCACAUCCACGGUAGAUCUGCGCAAAUUCUCCGAUCGUGAGCGGCUGCACGCGCUCCUCGCCGACGCCGACGUCUUCAUCCAAGGCUUCCGGCUGGGCAAGAUGAAGAAGUUCGGCCUCGGGGUGGAGGAUCUCCUCGAGAUGGCCGGCAAGCGCGGGAAAGGCAUCGUCUACGUUUCGGAGAACUGCUACGGUCCUGACGGGUACUACAAAGAGCGACCGGGGUGGCAGCAGAUUGCCGACGCGGCAGCCGGGUCAGCGUACGUGACGGGCCGCGCCCUCGAGGUUACGCAGGGACUGCAGAAGCACGAGACUGUCCUGCCCAGCUUACCCAUCUCGGAUAUGUCGACUGGUGUCCUCGGCGCCCUGGGGGCGAUGCUCGCGCUGAGGCAGCGCGCGACGAAGGGAGGCAGCUGGGAGGUCCACGCUAGCCUUGCCGGCGUCAAUGCGUAUGCGCUCAGGGAGGACGUGGGUUUGUACCCGCUGCAGACUGUCAUCGAGUGUCAGGAGAGAUUCCAGUGGGGCGAGAUGAGAGGGAGUCACCACGUGCUCGAUCUGAUGGUCACUGUGUGGAAAGGGUGGAAGAAGGUGCUCGGCAACUACUUGAGAGAGGAGAGUGGGUGGUAUCAGAGUUUCGAGGGCAGUGCUUUUGGAGGGGGGAAGCUCAGUAUGCUGAAGCCCGUGCCGCAGUCUGAGGGGGAUGACGGUGCAAGGUGGUUGACGCCUAGUGUGCCAUAUGGAGCAGAGAAGCUGGAAGAUAUGGCAUGGUUAUCGUAG